UCUUUACUUUAUAUACCUCAAACGUUGUACAUGCAGUAUCAUAAAGUUGUGGCAAUUUCUUUAGGUAGCAAUGACAAUGUGGCGGUACAGCUUACUUACAUAUGUGGACAAAUGCAGUUUCCGACGUAAAGCUCACAGUCGAAGUCAUCUAUCAUAGCAAUUCGACUUGAAUCGCACGUUCACUCUUCGGAAUGAUUCAUUUGAAAUAUUCAAAAUAUUGACACAUUCGAUAUAUCAAUCUAUUACCACAGUCCGCAAUGCAUCUUCUAGACGUCGAAACAAGGAGGCUUAAGAAAUACGUAGAGGAGGAAGAUGGCAAAGCUGUUGACGAAUACGCCAUACUUUCUCAUCGGUGGCUAGCCCGAGAGGACGAGGUUCUCUUUCAAGAUAUCGAAUCCGACGAUCAGACGCCUCUCAUACAAAAACAGGGCUUCUAUAAACUCGACCAAUGCUGCAAAGAAGCUCGUCGCAUGAACAUCAAGUAUGUUUGGAUCGACAGUUGCUGUAUCGAUAAAUUGAGCAGCGCGGAACUCCAGGAGGCCAUCAAUAGCAUGUAUCGUUACUACGCGAACGCCAAGAUAUGCUAUGUCUAUCUCAAAGACACCACAUCCACAGUCGAGGGGUCGUUUGAACUAGGUGAAAACGAGGACUAUUUCAAGAGAGGCUGGACGUUGCAGGAGCUUCUAGCUCCAAAAUAUGUCUAUUUUCGCGACAAAAGUUGGCUCCAUCUUGGGGAUAAGGUUUCUUUGUCGGGCGAACUAUCCAAAAUCACUGGCAUUGACUCAGAUAUCUUACGCGGUUCCGAAAACCUGAGGUCAUAUUCAAUCGCGCAACGCAUGUCCUGGGCAUCCAGACGCAAGACUACGAAGGGUGAGGAUCUUGCAUACAGUCUAAUUGGGCUGUUCGAUGUAAACAUGCCCAUGCUCUACGGCGAGGGGGGCACGAAAGCAUUCUUACGCUUGCAGGAAGAGAUCAUCAAGACAUCAGACGACCACUCUAUCUUCGCCUGGACGGGUGUAAAAGGAUCUUCCGGAUUGCUAGCUACAAGUCCCGCUGCUUUUCGUAAGUGCGGGACGGUACUUGGUAUGGAAAGUCGCUCUGGCAAUAGCCCAUUCUCUAUGACCAAUAGGGGCCUUUCUAUCACUCUGGCCCUGAAACCCUGGGUACUAGAUACGUACAUGGCUCUGCUUAAUUGCAAGGUCCAAGGUGCUCUACUGGAAACGGAGCGAUUAUGCAUUUUCCUUAAGAGAGGUGUUGCAGAUGACCAAUACUCUAGAGUUUGCGUAGACGGAAAAGACAUAUCAACCCGGCAAAACCCAGAUGCAGAAUCCGAGGCCGUUCCUAUCUUCGUAAAAAGAGAACACCGGAUACAUGCGACCACGCAUACGAACGGGUUUCGAAUAGAAAAUACGCUUGCCGAAUCGUAUUUGAUAGAAGGAUGCUGGGAUCCAAGGGAGCAGACUGUGACUUUCAAACCUGGUACACAUGAAUGGCGACAUGUGGCCACAUUAAGACUCUCCAACUGUGGAAACAUCAAGACGGCCAUGCUAGGAUUCGACUUUGGCUUUAACCCUACUUUCCUGAUCUGCGAAUCAAUAGUUGAUCCUACGAUCAGGUUCUUCAACACCUCGACAACUUUACUUGAAAACGAUGAAACUAUAAGUGUAUGGCGGACUUCUACCGGUGUUCCAUUAGAAUGGAACCGCAUAGAAUCCAAUCCUCGUCGGUUUGAUACAGCUUUGGAUAACCCAUAUCGUGGUCUUUGGGUGUUAAAAGGAGAUCGACUCGACGGCUUACAUGUAUACCUCAUAUCUGCAGGUAUACUUGUCACAUUAUUUAGGGGCCCUGGGGGGUGGUCCCUAACCUUCUUUCAAUAGAAGGGGCUUAUGGCGAUUCAGGCGCCGAUGAUUAUGUCGAGCGGAAGCGAGCUAACCUAUCAGAAUGGGGUUGUGAGAUCUUGUACUGUACACCGUAGUUACACGACAACUAUACAGUUACUCGCGCACUCGCAAAGAACACUCUAAACCAGUUAGAGCGUCAACAUAUAUCAUCAGACGUCAUCCCAUCUCAUAAACUUUUUCAGUAGUGGCCAUUUUUCUUUUAUUAUACAUGCGGAGUGUGGAAAAGUUACAUCAGGACGAGUGAUUCCUCAUAAUACAUCACGGGAGGUUUUAUAAUCUCUGCCUCCUUAAUCCUCAUUCGUCGUUUCGUCCUAAUCGCUCGACCUUGAACCCCCUUUUUUCCCCGUCCCCACCCCACCGACGCCGAAAAAAAAUUCUAAGCAUCGAUAAAGGCCUUGACGUCCUUCAGCCAGGUCUGGUACUCGCGCUGCUCCUUGAUGUCCAUGUAGUCGGGGGCGAAGACGGC